AUGACAUUCAUCGAUGAGCAGAAACACCAGCAACCAAGACAUUGGAUAUAUUUGUGUCUCUUGAUUGUGCCACUGAGCACCAUCCUAGACAAUAGCUUGGUCAUUUUAGCUGUGGCCAGUCAAAAAAAUCUGAGAAACAUCUCCAACAGGGUCAUCGCCAGUUUGGCCUUAACAGAUCUAUUUCUGGCUUUGUUUGUUGUUCCGCUUAGCAUCUACCAACUGGUUGUCGGAGAAUGGGGUCUUGGUUUCCACUUGUGUCUGGCCUGGACCGGAUGUGACGUCAUCCUCUCAACAACCUCCAUUAUGCAUCUCUGUUCCAUCGCCCUCUACCGCUACCACGGUAUCUCCAACCCCCUCCAAGGUCGUAGGUACAAGAAGGGCAAAGUCACCAAACUGGUCGUGCCCGCCUGGAUCGUGUCCGUAGCUCUCUCAGUACCUUUCGUCGUUCAAGCUUACUUGGACCCCACUUGCGGAAUUUACAAUCAAACGUUCGCUGUUUAUUCAUCAUUAGUGUCUUUCUUCAUCCCACUGAUCGUCAUAACAGUUGUUGUCUUUCUCUCUAUACAAACGCUCAGAAAGCGAUCUGACCUACAGGUUUCUAAACAAACAUUUUUCUUUAAAAAAAGCUUUUUCAGUGGUUGCAUGAAGAAUCGUUUAUCAAAGAAACGACUGGGGAACAGUUUAAGAUCUGACCGGCCUGCUGAUGAAUUCGCGAUGAAGGUCAUUAAGAAAUUCAAUUUAGAACGACGUGCAGAAAAAACUUUAAUUUGGGUUUUCGCUGUCUUCGUGAUCCUCUGGUUACCGUUUUUUAGCGCUAACUUAGUGUACGGACUCUGCAGAUCGCCUGCGUGUCAGAUUCCUCCCGCUCUUUUUCAAACGUUUGUUUGGCUGGGCUACUUGUCGUCGGGAGUCAACCCGUGCAUCUACACACUCCUCAAUAAAGAUUUCCGAUCGGCUUUCUACAAACUGCUGACUUGCAGGUUUCGCAGUGGAAAGAAAAUUAUCUACAGAAGAAAUGCAAGAAAGAUUAAAAAAUUCAGAGAGGUAGGUGCUGCAGGAAGUUACGCUGGUGGAUCAUCGUCGACAGGUGGUGGUGGUGGUAGGUGGUCGUUCAGGUAG